CAAGUGUGCACUGUGCAGUGUGGAGGGAAAUAUCAAACAAAUGCUUUGGUGAUUAUUGUUGCGCAGUCGUGCUCAUGGUGAUUUUUUAAAAUUAUUUCUGCCGGUAUAUAAAACUAUAUAGAUAUCGAUUGAAUCAAUGAAAGGGUUAUAUAAUUAAAGUGAUUAAAUUUCGUAGUGAAAGCUAUUACAAAUUACGACGCAUAAAGAUAAGAAAAAUUGCCGUUAGCGCAUAUCAUUUGCAAUGAAAUUUUAUUUCUCCGUGCAGUGAUAUAAAUAAUCAUCUGACAUGUCCCUCAAGAAAGAAUCACGCAGUGAUGUUCAGUUCCACCUGGCUGCGCUCCGUGGUGACUGCCCGCGGCUGCGACAGCUUCUCGACACCGGCAAAGUGCAUAUUGACUCACGGGAUCGAGAUGGUACAACUCCACUGAUCCUAUCGGCGGCUAUGGGUCAUACGGAGUGCGUUCGCGAACUGCUGGCGCAGGGCGCCGACCCCGCUUGUUGCAGGACGACAGGAACGUCGGCGUUGUUCUUCGCGGCGCAGGGUGGCUUCAUUGACAUCGCGCAGUUGUUGCUGGAGGCUGGAGCCUCUAUUGACGCACCCUCAUUGGAUGGUGGUACACCCCUGUUCGUGGCGUGUCAAUGCGGUCACCUUCCAGUCGUCGAAGAAUUAUUGCGGCGAGAAGCACGAGUUGAUGCCUGUAUGAAGGAUGGAGCGACGCCACUCUUCAUAGCAGCCCAGAAUGGUCACGAAGAAGUUUGUGAGAUGCUAUUAGCACAUGGUGCUAGAGUUGAUCUCGCACGUAUAGACCGCGCUACGCCGCUAUGGAUCGCUGCGCAGUGCGGACAUGCGCACGUGGCGCGUACGUUGCUCGCUCACGGCGCACGCGUUGACGUAUGCCGACAGGACGGGGCGACGCCCUUGUUUAAAGCAGCGCACAAAGGACACGUAGAAGUAGUCCAAGAGCUGCUCAAAUACAACCCUAACCUUGGAUUACUGCCGAAUGGUGAGAGCGCGUUACACGGCGCGGCAAUGUUCGGUCAAUUGUCAUGUGUACGCGUAUUGUCGCGGCGAUGUGACUUCGCACUGAGGGACGCACGAGGUCUUACCGCACUGCAGGUCGCGGCUCACGCCGGGAAGAAAGACGUUGUUGCAUAUCUAUCACGGCUUAAUUCAUAACCGUGACGCAGCUAAUCUAAAUCUCUUGGGUUCCAAUCCGAGAAAAAAUUAACCAUUAUGGAGCUUGAUUUUUAUAUUCUAGAUCCCAUUAAAGAAUGGUUUACUAUAUACUGUAUGGUCUCUACAGGGGGUGGUUCUGGAUUUGAUUCCUGAAAAAAAUCAACGUCAAAUGCAAGGGCUUGAUUUUUAUGCAGUCGGUUCCAUAGUGUAAUGUUAAUAUAUGCUAUAUCGCCUGUAAAUCCUACAGAUUUGGGUUCGAUUCCCGAAGCCCCCAUACCCUAUGUAAGAGCUUCGUUUUUAUAUAAUCAUUCCCAGUGUAGAAAACACUAUUACAGGCAUAACAAUAUAUCAUCUGAUAUAAUAAUUGUAAUGAUACAAUUUUAUUUUUAAUAUCAUUAAUCUGAUGAGUUACUUGAU